UCACCUGAUGAGAUGGAGACUCUCUACAACCACCUGAAGUCAGCCAGCUUGUCUCCGAUUGGACGGUCCAGUAAGAGGGACUUCAGAGCGUCCUUCAUCAGACGAUGUCAGAACGACAAAGUCAACGAAAAGCUUCACCUGCUGCGGAUCCUCAGCAGCACGCUGAAGGCCAAAGAGUCGGAGCUGCUGGCGGUGGAGCAGAUCCUGACAGACCCGGCUCUUGCGGCGCCCACGUACAGGAAGUGGAGGACCUCUAACCUCGUCCUGCUGCAGGAGAUCGUUCAACGCUACCAGGCAGGAGGAGGCGCUGCAGAGCUGAGACCUCAGCUUGUCAUCCCGCCAACAUAAACACGAGUGUUCUCAGGUUUACCUUCAAGUCGCAGGUGUGACAGAGAGCAGGUGACGGUGCUGGGUCUCACUGGGUGGACUGGGAACAAACCACGAUGCUAUACCUGCUCUAACUGUUUAUAUUUGACUUUAGCGUGAUUUCCAUCCAGGUGGCAGUGGAGGAGUUUGUGUGAAUGAGUACAUUUACUCAAGACCUGUACUUGAGUAUUAUUUGAUGUACUUGUUCUUGAGUAUUUCCAUUUUAUACUGCUUUACACUUCUACUCUACUACAGCUUGGAGGCAAAAAUUGUACUUUUUACGCUCUUAUAUUUAUGUGAUAUAUCAGCUGCAUAGACGGUAGAUCUAGUCGUCAUUUUUUAAACAAAGUUUAAAGAAUAACACAACACUUUGUCAAUGAUACAGCUACAGAUACAGCCGUGCAAACGAGUGUUGAUUUAACUAUGGUGACCCUUUAACACCUGGAUUGACAUUAGUUAUUUUUGUGCUGCGCUUAUAUGCCUUUCACAAACAGCUAAACCUCUGAAGCCAGAGAAAAUUGGUUUGUUUCAAAAACAU